GGUUCCUGCCCGGCAGUUCUGAGUGGCAAUUUUUCCUGGUUAUCUAUCCGUACUUCUAGUGACUUCGGGUGCCGGGUGGUCUUGGGGUGGCAGGGGGCGUUCAGGGGCUCCUGGAGCCAGGCUGUGCUUGGACCUCCGCACCGAGGCCGUGAGGGCGGACCGCUCCAGGCCCAGGUCCAGAGCCUGCCUCGCGCCACUGCAGCCUCCGCCCCGCCCCGCCCCAGCCUCCUGCCGCCAGACCUUGCGUUUCUGGGGCGUUCAGGAGCUCGAAGGACUUAGCCACCCUUCUCCAAGAAAAAGAAAGGCAGAAAGGAUGGUAGCUGACUGCCUGACAAAUUGUUAUCAGGACUCUGUGACCUUUGAAGAUGUGGCUGUGGACUUCACCCAAGAGGAGUGGACUUUAUUGGAUCAAACUCAGAGAGCCCUGUACAGAAAGGUGAUGCUAGAGAACUACCAGAACCUGGUCUUAGCAGGAUGUCAGGUUAUGAAACCCAGUCUGAUCUCCUGGUUGGAAAAAGAGGAUUUUCAGACAUUAUACAGAGGAGGUCUCCAAGAAUGGGAUGUACCACUUAACACCAAAAAGUCAACAUUUCAACAGGGCUUUUUGAGGAAGCAAACUUCUAAUGGGAUACAAAAGGCCAGAACAUGCUACAGUACAGAGGACCCCUGUUUCUACACAAAAUGUGGAGAAAUCUUCAGUGAACAUUCAUAUUUUAAGACAUAUGUGAAAACCCAAAAUAUAUGCAACACAGGACAUUUUACAAACUCCAGUCAUGCUUUGUCUGUUCAAAUGCCCACUAUAAAAACCUACCCAUGUAAGAUCUGUGGAAAAGCCUUUGGACGUUCUUCAAAUCUUAAUAGGCAUCUGCGAACCCACACUGGGGAAAAGCCCUAUGAAUGUAAGGAAUGUGGAAAAGCCUUUACCACUUACUCAAGAUUAGUAGAACAUUUUAGAACUCAUACUGGAGAGAAACCCUAUAAAUGUAAGGAAUGUGGAAAAGCCUUUGCUAAGCGUUCAGGCCUUAUAACACAUAUAUCAACACAUGCUUCAGAGAAACCCUAUGAAUGUAAAGAGUGUGGCAAAGCCUUUGCUUCAUCCCCACGCCUUAGUCAGCAUGUAAGAAUUCACAGUGGAGAGAGACCCUACAUAUGCAAAGAGUGUGGGAAAGCCUUCCUUACUUCCUCAUAUCUGCGUAACCAUAUAGGAAGAACUCACAGCGGAGAGAAACCUUAUGUAUGUGGGGAAUGUGGAAAAGCUUUCCAUUCUUACUCAAACCUACGUAGACAUGUAAGAACUCAUAGUGGAGAGAGACCUUAUAUAUGUAAGGAAUGUGGGAAAGCCUUCCUCAACUCCUCAUACCUACAUAACCAUAUAAGAAAAACUCACAGUGGAGAGAUGCCCCAUAUAUGUGGUGAAUGUGGGAAAGUCUUCCAUGCAUCUUCAUAUCUGCGUAGACACAUUAGAACUCACAGUGGAGAAAGACCCUGUAUAUGUAAAGAAUGUGGGAAAGCUUUCCUCAAUGCCUCAUACCUGCGCAAGCAUCUCAGCAUUCACACUGGAGACAAACCCUUUGAGUGUAAGGAAUGUGGGAAAGCCUACCGCAGAUACAAACUGCUAAAUGACCAUUUAAAAACUCACAUGGUGGCAAAGCCAUUUGAAUGUGAUGUAUGUGGGAAAUCCUUUCAAUAUUUCUCAUAUCUUACUAAACAUGUUCGUAUUCACACUGGAACAAAACCCUAUAAGUGUAAGUACUGUGGGAAGGACUUCACCACCUCCUCAAGCCGAACUGAACAUGUUCGAACUCACACUGGAGAGAGGCCUUACGAAUGUUCAGAAUGUACAAAAACCUUCGCUUCAUCCUCAAACUUCCUUCACCAUGUAAAAACCCACACUAAAGAGAAACCCUUUUCUGGGAAUGUAGGAAAGCCUACAAUAGGUUUUACCUACUAACUGAACAGAAACACUUCAGAUGAGAGGAACAUGAAAAAUCCUUAAUUCUUCUUAUCUUAAUGAUCACACUUGAACUUACACUGGUAGGAAUGCCAAUUAUUUCAGUUUACUUUGAAAACACAAAAGAACUCAUACUCAAGAUGCCCCAUGAAUUUAAGAAAAGUAAUAUGAAAGUCUUCCCUAUUUCUUGGGAAUUUAAAAAAUAUGUUAGACUUCAUAAUGGAGGGAAAUUUACUGAUGUAAAAGUUUGCAAGGUGGUAGUUCUGCUAAAUACUUUGAUCUUGUGGUCUCACAGUGGAGAAAACUUUAUAAAGGUAAGGGAUGUCAGAAAAUAAUUUUUUACACGACAUUAAUCCUCAGUAAACAUACAGAUCCAUAUACAAAAGAAAUUCACUAUAUGGAAAUUUUGCCCAUGUACCCUGAAAUUUAGUAUGCUGAAAGAGAUAAGGCCAUCUGGAUGGCUCUGGUUUCUUUUGUCCUGAUCAUUCCUGGAAGGAUGUAUUCUUUCCUCCAUUGCAAUGUCAUUUUAUUCUAGUUGCUACAACUUCUGGGCAGCAAUCUCAUAGUAAGUGGCCCUUUGGGAUACAAACAUAGUGUUUUAGCAAUAUAAACUUUCUAGGUGGUUUGGCAUGCUUUUAAGCAUGCUCUUCUUACAGUGGCUCACAGCAGUGAAGUUUGAUACAGUUCUCCAUGUUAAAAUGUCUUGUGCCACUUUUAGAGCUGAUCCAUUCAGAAAGAUAAAAGAUGAAGCUGAGCAUGGUGGCACAUGUCUU